UCACUUCAUAAUUCGACAUGAGCUCGCUACGAGGCAGCUGUGUUGGUGUCUGCCGCUCCUCCCUCGCAAUGUUUCCUCUCAUCUUGCUCGCGCUCUCCAUCCUGACUACAGCAGCAUCCUCCCAUCCACACCCACUCGACCCCCUCUCUCCCGCAGAGUUCAUCGCCGUUCGUGCGGCCGUGCUCGCCUCACCGCUCAUCAGCGACCGCCCGCUCACCUUCCACUAUGUCGGCCUGGACGAACCUGACAAGACGGACGUCCUAUCCUACGCCGAGGCACGCUCCUCCUCUUCCCGCGCCGCCCUACCGCGCCACGCGUUCGUCAUCACCCGCGCCGGUGGCCAGUCCCACGAGCUUCGCGUCGACAUCACCAACGCCACAGCACCCACCGUCCUCUCGCACGCCGUCCACCACGGCGCGGGGUUCCCGAUGCACACGAUAGAAGAGCAGUUCGAGGCGGAGGCGCUACUGUUCAAGCACGUGUCGUUCGUGGAGUCCGUGCGCCGGCGUGGCCUGGACAUGGAUGACGUCAUCUGCCCCGUGUUCUCCAUCGGGUGGUUCGGCGACGCCGGUCCCUCGGAGUCGGAGGAAAAGGGGCAGCAGAGGUUGGUGAAGCUUGUGUGCUUCAUGGCCGGCCCGACGCCCAACUUGUACGCACGGCCGAUCGAGGGCCUCACGGUGGUGGUGGACCUCGACCGGAUGGCCAUCGUCAAGUACAGGGAUAGGGUGGUGUACCCGGUGCCCAAGGCCGAGGGGACGGACUACCGGGCCGGCAAGGUCGAGUCACCGUAUAACGGACCCACACCGGCGCCCGGCGUGGUGCUGCAGCCGGAGGGCAGGGGCUUCCAUAUUGACGGCCACUUGGUCAGGUGGGCAAACUGGGAGUUUCAUGCGGGCUUUGACAUGCGCGCUGGCACGGUCAUCUCACUGGCCUCGAUCCACGAUGUGGAGGCCGGCGCGCGGCGGCGGGUGCUCUAUCGCGGGUUUGUGUCGGAAGUCUUCGUGCCGUACAUGGACCCAGCGGAGGAGUGGUACGACCGCACGUUCCUGGACACCGGCGAGUUCGGCCUGGGGAUCACGGCCUUCCCUCUCCAGCAUGGCGCCGACUGCCCUGCCAACGCCGCCUACCUUAAUGGCUACUACGCUGACCAGGACGGCAAGCCCGUCGAGAACAAGGACACGAUCUGUAUCUUCGAGCGCUAUGCCGGCGACAUCGCGUGGCGCCACACCGAGUCCGCCUUCCCCGACCGACUGAUCACGGAGGCCAGGCCUGACGUGAGCUUGGUGGUGAGGAUGGCGGUGUCAUGCGGGAACUACGACUACAUAUUGGACUGGGAGUUCAAGACAAGCGGCACCAUCAAAUUCGUGGUAUCCAUGACAGGUAUUCUAGAGAUGAAAGGGACGGACUACACGCACGCCGACCAGAUCAAGCAGGACGCGCACGGCACGCUGCUCUCGGAGAAUACCAUCGGCGUCUACCACGACCACUACAUCACCUACUACCUCGACCUCGACGUGGACGGCACCAACAACUCAUUCGUCAAGAAUUCCAUCACCACCAAGCGCAACACCGCCGGAACGCCACGGAAAAGCUACUGGACUGUGCGUCGAGACGUGGCCGAGACCGAGGCAGAUGCUCAGGUGGACGUGAACGUGGCGGCAGCAGACCUGCUGAUCGUCAACCCAAACAAGAAAACGAGGAUGGGCAACGAGGUCGGGUACCGCGUCAUCCCAGGCGGCGCGACGGCGGCGUCGGUGCUGGACGACGACGACUUCCCACAGAGGCGCGCGAGCUACAGCAAGAAGCAGCUGCGGGUGACACCAUACAAGAGGGACGAGAAGUGGGCGCCCGGGCUGUAUGCCGACCGAAGCAGCGGCAACGACGGCCUGGCCAUGUGGAGCGGGAGGGACAGGGGGAUAAGGAACGAGGACAUCGUGCUGUGGUACACGGUGGGCGUCCACCACAUACCGUACCAGGAUGACUUCCCGGUCAUGCCGACGAUGAGCGGCGGGUUCGAGCUCCGGCCGGCAAACUUCUUCGAGCGGAACCCGGUGCUCAAAAUGAGACCGCCUCGGCUUGAGUAUGACCUGCCAACUUCCGUCAACUGCUCGUGCGCCGGCAAUUCCAGCUGAUCUGUCGUGCGACCCAGAUUGGCACCGACCUUACAAUAAACUGAUUUCCCCAAGCGGUGGCAUUAUUCUACAAUAAAAAAAUCUGAUUCAUUGUCGUUGGGGUGAGUCUGCACAAUAUAAGCGAGUCGAAUAAGAAUCAGAUGCAGGGUGCUGAUUUUGGUAAAGCAUGGGAAUGAAGGAAAUAUUCCAUAGAGACAAUAAUAAAGUCGUAUUAUUUUUAUA